AUGACAGAACUAUCUGCUGGCGAAGCCGCAACAGAUGAGAUGAGUGUAGUUACAAGAAGCCCAAUUCACUUUGGGCCGUUUCUUGUAACGCCGCAGGUCUUCUUCGUCACACCUCUUUCUUUCGCCCUUGUGAACCUCAAACCGCUUCUGCCAGGGCAUGUCCUAGUCUGUCCGAUCCGGCGCACCCCACGACUGUCAGACCUGACCCCCGCUGAAGCGACGAAUCUCUUCCUCACAGUCCGCCGAGUCAGCCGCAUGGUGGAACGCGUCUACCAGGCCUCGAGCUUAAACGUAGCCAUUCAAGACGGGGUUGAUGCAGGGCAAAGCGUGCCUCAUGUGCAUGCGCAUAUAAUACCUCGGAAGAAAGCAGAUUUGGAUCAUAAGGGUGGCUCGGAUGCGAUUUACGGUAUGAUGGAUGGCGAGGAGGGGGAUAUUGGUAGAUUUCUGGCUGAACGGAAACUUGCUAUGGAACGUAAGCGGGCACGAUCCGAAUUUUCUGCUGUUGAUAACGAUGCUAGAGAGCCUAGGUCGGACGAGGAGAUGCACAAGGAGGCGGAGACCUUGGCUGCAGAGAUGGAAAAGGAGAUAGAGAUGGAAAGGGAAAGCUCUAAGAGAGUAUAUGACGAGUGA